ACCUUAGGAUCACAUUCAAUAGUUUGGUGGAACAUUUGUGUUACUUUCAGCCAUCAGUCAUGGCCAACUCGUGUCUGCAGAUGGUUGGCUUUGUGUGCAGCUGCCUGGGCUGGGUGGCCAUAGUUGUAGCUAGUGCCACCAAUGACUGGGUGGUCCUGUGCAGGUACAGCAUGAACACCUGCAUGAAGAUGGACGAUCUGGGGACUAAAGGACCUUGGGCUGAAUGUCUCAUCUCCACGAAACUUUACCACUGCAACACCUACACACAACUCCUGGACCUGCCUGCGUACAUCCAGGCCACUCGCGCGCUGAUGGUUGCAGGUUCCAUUCUGGGUCUGCCGGCUGUGGUCACCAUCCUCAUGUCCCUGCCUUGCAUCGUCAUCGCUAACGAGCCUCAAAGAUCCAAGAACAAACGAGCCGUCGUGGGCGGAGUCCUCGUACUUAUCGUUGCGCUCUGCGGGCUGGUGUCCACCAUUCUGUUCCCCAUUGGCGUGUCCUGGCACGACAACCUGAUGGCGUUCGGCUUCUCGCUGUACACCGGCUGGGCGGGCGUGGUCUUGUCGCUGCUGGGCGGCUGCAUGCUCACCUGCUGCUCGUCAAGCUCCGCCUCCUCCCGCCCGUACCAGGACAACAGCCAAUACUGUUACUCCAAGUCGGGCAAGGCAGCGGGCCCCCCUGACCCCGCCUCCUCCGCCAACCACGCCAAGAGCGCCCACGUCUGACGAUGUCAUAAACACACGUCGACGCGCACGAUGUGAAGCGCCCUCCAUUGAACUGACUUUAGAUUUUUUGGGGUGGGGGUGUGGCCUGUGGACUUUUUUGCUCAUCGACUCCCGCAUUUUUAUUGGAUGAAUAAUCUU